AUCAAGGUCGAGCAAAAAGAAUGCAAGAUUAUUCGUUCCUCUUACCGAUGUUCCUUAUCUACCUAUUUUAUCCUAUUCUCACGUAAAGUGACAGUUUCGUCAUGUGAAAGAGAUACGCUACAUAAUUAUCAUAGUGUUUAAAAAUUGCUCCGAGAUAUAUAACCAAGGUAAUUUCAGACCUAAAACUCGUCAAAUCUUGCGAAUAAAGUAUCAUGCCCCAAGAAUCGUCGCGAAAUUCAACAAUUAUUAACAAAAUAAAUGUGAAUUACAUCUAUGCAUCUAAUGUCAAGCGCUCGCGUAUGAGAGACAACUUAUUUUCUGUUUAAAACUCCCAGUCGAAGUAUAUCUCAGAUCAUGUAUUGAUAUUGAGAUUCUUAAUAUUAUCGAUUAUGUGUUAUUAUAUCGAGAUUAUUCUUUAAAUACAAAUCGUAUAUAAUUAUGGAGGACAUUAAUAUCAAUUAAUGUUAAUGUGUGAAUUCGCGUAUGUGGUUAUUGGAAGUCGGGUAGAAUCGUUCAGUGAAUUUGCUCAGCCAAAACGCGAUCGACGUAUCGUGACAUCAUGGAGAAGUUCGCAAUUGACUUGGAUAAGGUCCUCGAUGAUUUCGAAUUCAACGAAGAUUGUGCAGAGCAAGUAGCACAAGUUGCAACUUCCACAAUUGAUGUAUCAGAUACGGACAAGCAUGCUACUGAAACGGUGCAUCCAAAAACAUACAAUUAUGUUGCUGCUAAUUCUGAGAAAGAAAAAGCAGUUGAUAGUAUGUCAUCUUUUGAAAAAUACAGGGACACACGAUCAAUAGAUAUUGAUUGUAGAUAUUCCCUAGCUGAAAGGAACAUAAUGUCAGAAAGUAAAGAUUCUAUAAAUAAUUAUUACACACACGACCAUGUGGGUGAUAAGAAGACUGGACAGAAAUUGUGUGUUCAUUCUCAUGAUUCCGAUCAAGCACAUUUAACAUUAUACAAUGACAUAUCACACAACUUGCUGCAGAAACAACAAAAUGGAAGUAAUGAUUCAAAGGACGACAACAGAUACGACAAGAAAUUAAAUCAACCGAAUAUCAAACCUAGUAUUAGCAAUGUAUUUAAUAGUUUAAACGAAUACAUUAAUGCUCCUACUGGGAGCUUGGAUUAUGUUGAACCAAGAUUAGAUGAAACAGACGAUCUGCCCAAAACAUCCAUAGAUAACAUAGAAGAGAAAGAUCUUAGACCAAGUAGAAGUGUAAUGAUUGAGUGUUCAACUUCUAAAACAAAAGGAUUUGUAGAUAUAACUGGUACAAAUACUUUGGAUUAUAAAAAUGUUUUACCAGUGGAAGUAGAUAAAUUAGUCGGAAUGGAAACUAUUAAUAAACAAGAUAAUUCUGUACAAAAUGUUAUAUUGCAUUCUGCUUCCAUGCAGUGUGAAAAAAAUAGUAAUAGCAAUGUAAUUUCUGAAACAGUGAAUACAACCAAUUCAAGAUACGAGUGUGAUAAUGUGAUUGCAGAUACAGAGCUAUCUAGUAAUAAAAUAGGUGUUAAUGAACAGUUUGCAAUUAAUGUCAACAGAUUUGACAAGGUUUCUGAGAGUGUUUCUGGCAAACAAAAGCAAUUAGACACAGACAGACAAGAUCUUAUUGAUAAAUGCACAUUUGGUAAAAACAAGGAAAGCUCAGUAGAAAGUAUUACGACGAAGUUGGAUACGAAUAUAGUGAACAAAACAGAAAAUGAGAAUAUAAAAGCGACUAAUAAUACUUCGUCCAUCAUGAUGACGAUUAAUAUCAGCGACGAUUUUUCCGAAGAGGAGCUAAAUCGAUAUUUAUCGGAGUUGGAGGAAGAAGAAAGGCAAAAGGAAAAAGCAAUAUUAUGCGCGGAUACUUCGUCAAUAAAACUAUACAAUGAGUCAAGUGAUGGUACUGCAAAGAUUGUAAGUCAACAUCAACGGGACAAUGAAGACAUCAAGGAGACACCUAUAUUCGAAAAAAUUAUGACUGGUGAACUUCCAAAGGUAUCAGGAGAGGAGUUUCAGGAGAAGGAAGCAAAAAAGUUUCCUGCGAUCGACUAUAACACAGGUGUGUGUAACAAGAACACAAUGGAUGUUUCUGCAGGAAAGAAAGAUUCACAGGAGCUCAAUGAUACUGUGAAAGUUGCUUCAGGUGAAAAAUAUGAUCAGUCGAGAGAUACACAAGAUAAUGAGCUAGAUAAAACGGUCAAAGAUAACGACAUAACUAAGACAGCUGGUCAACAUAUGGAGACACGAGAGAAUACCUCAGAGACUGUGCUGAGUGCAGUCGUUGAGGAGAACAAAGUCCCGUCGAAACCAGAAAAUGCAGGUGAACAGAGCAGUCACAGUGUAAACAUGAUGCAGAAGUUACAACAGAAUAUUGAUAUUGAUACACAAUCACAAGAUAACAGCGAUGAUGCUGUUAAGAAUAGAGAGCCGGAAAGCAAAGAGAUCCACGAUGACAAAGACUGCGGUAUUAUCGAGAGCGACAAAGGAAAUGUUCUUAUAAUGCAUGAUAAUGAAAUGCAUAAUAGCGGUAAGACUUUUAAGGCCGAAGGUGUAGCUAACGUCACUGACGCUUGUAUAGCUUCUGAUACAGACGAGAACAGUCAAGAAGCUGAAAAACCCACACGUCCUCAGACAUUGGAUAUCGUUUCAACGCAUAACAAAGAUGACUCUUAUACACUUGAAUCUUCGGGUGCCACACCAGGAGAAACAGAACAUUCAGAAACCGGAGGUCCUACGGACGAGGAUCGGGGUGCUUCAUCAGAUGUUUCUGACAAUUCUUUAAUGGAGUGCAGCAUAGUUCUGGGAAAACAACCUCCGUUUUGGGUCCCCGAUAGCGAUGCUCCCUGCUGUAUGUUAUGCGAUGUUAGAUUUACGGUACUUAAAAGACGUCAUCAUUGCCGUGCUUGUGGUAAGGUGUUGUGCCACAAAUGUUGCAAUAUGAAAUAUAGAUUAGAAUAUCAAGGCAACAUCGAUUCCCGCGUUUGUGUUCUGUGUCAUCAUGCACUCACGAAAGCGGAGAGUGAACAAGGGAUGGGCGAUUGGUCAACUAGCUAUAGUUCAUAUGCUGGUUGUAGUGACAUCAACUCCCCACAGGGGAGACAGCCUAAUCCAAAUAAUCCCAUGGAGUACUGUUCAACUAUACCACCCUUGCAACAGUUAGCUGGCGGUUUGCCACCACCACCAACAGUGAUGGUACCUGUAGGUGUUCUUAAGAGAGAGGGCUCCAAACAUCGUACAGAAGGGCAGAAAUCUGUAAUGUUUAGUGAUGGAAUAAGGCCUGGCUGUGACCUGACAGAGCUAGACACGUGUUGGGAUCUGAAGCCACCGUACCGUAAACAAGGGAACAAGCGGAUCUUCGCGUCGGCAUCUACAUCAACCGACGUUACAACGAGGAGACAGAGUCAUCCUCCUUUAGAUAAUACGACCAACAGCUAUAUACCGCACGAUCCUAAUUUAUUACCACGGGUCGUCACUAUACACAAAGGCCAAAUCACGUAUCAUCCACCUACAGAUGAGAAUGUACUCUACAAGACGCUGAAAAAUGAAUGCGAGCCACCAGUAAUGUUCGCGAUUAAUCGGAAUCUCUACGCAUAUGUGAAGAUCACCAAUCUGAACUGUUGCGUAAAUAAAGUCUGUUGGAACGUAACGUCGAGAGGGCUCGCCUGCGUCGGCCAGGAUGAAGUUAUAUUGUUAGUUGAAACUUUGCCGGAUGAAACGCGAAUUCCAAAAGAUCUACUCAUUUAUAUCAAUCAAUUGUAUCUCGAAGCUAUUAAAGGUAACACGAUGACAGAGCUCGGAUUCUCGGUGUUUCAAGGUGGUAACUUAUUGGGUUCGCGCGAACAUACGGGUUUUCUUUUUAUUCGCCAAACGUUACAGUGCUUGCAAAAAAUCAUCUUACCUCCAGCACCUUUCCUAGUCGGACUUUUAGUUCACAGAUGGGAAACUCCAUGGGCCAAGGUGUUUCCGUUGAGGCUUCUUUUACGUCUCGGUGCGGAAUAUCGUUAUUAUCCCUGCCCACUGGUGUCGGUUCGUUUCCGAGACGCCUUGUAUUUUGAGAUAGGACACACCGUAAUGAAAGUGUUAGCAGAUUUUAGAAACUUUGGAUAUACUUUGCCUGGAGUUAAAGGCUUGACAAUCCAUCUCAAGAAUCGUACGACGGACGUCAUGUUUCCCAGGAAUCGAUACGAUCAAGUUAUAAAAGGGCUUCACAAUUCGAACGAUCAUGUUUUAGCUUACGCUUCGAACUUCAGUAUAUCCGCGGACUCGCAUUUGGUUUGCAUACAAACAAACACCGGAGAUGAAAGUAAUUAUCAAACACAAGCGAUAAACAUUCACAAUAAGCCGAGAACAGUGACCGGUGCCAGUUUUAUUGUCAUCAAUGGUGCACUGAAAUCAUCUAUGGGUCUAUCUGCUAAAUCUAGUAUUGUGGAGGAUGGUUUAAUGGUAGAAAUAAUGCCAGAAAAAAUGGAAGCUUUAAAGGCUGCUCUAAAAAAUAUGCAGGAUUUCUCAAUCGGUUGCGGACGACAGGGAGCAUCAGAACCGGACGAAACUGUAAAUAUUAAAUGGGUCGAUAAUGACACACUUUUCAAUCUAGGAGUCAAAAGUCCCAUUGAUGGACAACUGAUGGAUGGUAUACCAUCUAUCAGAGUACAUAACGGCACCGAUUACAAAGGUAUAACCCGAUUUAUACGCUGGACAGAAGUAUUCCUUAUAAAAUCAGAUGAUCAUUCAAACGGUGUGAGUGAUCCUGUGGAUGUAAGUAAAUUAUCUGGAAGUAUAGCGAAAGCGACGUGCGUGGCGUUGGUCAAAUUGUUGGAUCUUUUGGCAACAGCCGGUUUAACGAAGCUUGGUGUACGAGCAACGAUUCAUCCAGAUAACGUGGGGUACGAAGCCGGUAGCGAGGGUACAAAAUUGCCGCCAAUCUACAUGAACAGUUUAGACAAUGAAUUAAUUCAAGUUUUACACAAGGCCGCGCAGAACAGUCAAGAUGAACACACAGUGCUUGAAUUGAUAUUCUAUGUGCUCGAUAAUUAAAAAGAAUAACGUGCAUCUCAUAUUUCUGAAUUGGUCACUGUUCCACGGGACGACAUCAGAUAACUUUUAUUUAACAGAGAAAACGUGCAAUUGCAGAUAAUCACGUUUAUAUGAACUAUACAUUAUCUAUUUUCUAUGCGCUUUUUCUCAUAACUGAAGAUAUUAUUUCUAGUUUCUAUCUCUCAAAAUGCUAGUUUUUAUUACGAACUCAAUAUUUUUAGCUUUUUUCAAAAAUUUAAUUAUAUAAUUUGCGUGGGAAGUAUCUUUUCCAAAUAUAGAUCAAGAGAUACUUGAAGAAAGCAUAAUAGUGAUAUUUCAAGACUUUUAUGACAAAUGGACAUCUACUCGACAUUGUAACUAAUUGGACUGUUAAAACUGCUACACAAAACGUUAUUUAUUGCCAAAGACGUACGCAGGAUAUGCUAUAUUCUUUAUUAAUGUAAAUAAACUUGUUCUUUCUUGAUUGUUUUGUAAAGUCUAUACAGGGACGAUCAUGUUUUAUCAUAGUAUGAUCUGAAGUGGCACUUUCAUAGGGAUUCUUUACAGAUACUAACAAUAACGGCAAUUGUUAGGAGUCUACGAUAACUGCUAGCUAGAUCGCAGUGGAAUCGCUGUACGAAUAUAACGCAAAUACGCGCAUCUUGUAUGCUUAUUCUGUAAUUUUUAACGAAAACAUCGUUAUCGUUGCGCAAUUAUUAUGUUAUAUGUUAUAUCUGUACGACGACAGAUAACGUAUGCGUCACAGUUGUAAAGCACGUUAAAAAUUUACAGAAUAAGUCUCUCUGUUCGCUUAAGCUAGCAUCACACGAUACACAAUUUCGUAUUUUCUGACAUGCAUACUGAUCAGCACGCUGUAGGCAGCUUGGUUCACUGAAUCGUUAUCUGCACUGGGAUUACCUGAACCUGAACUGAGCUGCGCUACAGCGUACAUGUCGGAAGGUAUGGAAUCGUACAUCGUGUGACGCUAUCUUUAGCAAUUCUAUUAACUGAUACAUGUAUUUGUCUACUAACAAUAUUUUAUAUAUACAUAUAUAGCAAAUGUUCGGAUAUAAGGACAGCUUAUAAGACAGUACUAUAAUGUAAUUAUUAUUGUAUUUAUUGUUGUAAUAAAACUGUUAGAUAAAAUUAAUACAAUGA